UGACAGAGAUUAUGGUAAACCAAGCUACCUCAUGUGACUUGAAGGAGUUGGUACAGAAGUUCAUCCCAGAGAUGAUUGGGAAGGAGAUUGAGAAGGCCACCUCCAGCAUUUAUCCUCUACAGAAAGUCUUUAUUCAGAAAGUCAAGAUAUUGAAGGCUCCAAAGUUUGAUCUUGGCAAGUUGAUAGAGGUUCAUGGAGAUUACUCAGAGGAUGUUGGUGUGAAGGUUGACAGGCCGGCAGAGGAACCAACUGCGGAGGAAACUGAGAUAGUUGGAGCUUAAAUGGAGGUUUUUCAUCUUUUUUCUCGUCAUUUAUUUAAUUUUGGAAGUCUCAUGCAUCCGUAGAGUAAUUGAGAAACCUAACCAGGCAAGGACUUUGGCUUUAGAUUGAG